GGCGGCGAAGGAGCAGGACCAGCCCAAGAGCCACGGCCGGUAGCGGGCAGCGGGCGGCGCAGGGCCCCAGGCCGCAGGGCCGGCGGGAUAGCAGAGGCCGGCGCUGCGCCGCGCGGACCAGCAGCAGGCAUGAUGAGCACCAAGGCCUUUACGUUGGUCUCUGCUGUGGAGAGGGAGCUGCUGAUGGGCGACAAAGAGCGAGUCAACAUAGAGUGCGUGGAGUGCUGCAGCAAGAACCUGUACGUGGGCACCAGCGACGGCUUCAUCUACCACUUCCUAUUGGAGGAGAAGGCACUGCCCGCCGGGACAGCCACCUUCACUGCUACGAAGCAGCUGCACAAACAUCUGGGUUUCAAGAAGCCUGUGAGUGAGCUGCGAGCGGCGUCAGCCCUCAACAGGCUGCUGGUGCUCUGUGACAACUCCAUCACCCUGGUCAACAUGCUGAGCCUGGAGCCUGUCCCCUCAGGGGCCCGCAUCAAAGGGGCUGUGGCGUUGGCCUUGAAUGAGAACCCUGUGAGCGGGGACCCAUUCUGCGUGGAGGUCUGCAUCAUCUCUGUCAAACGCAGAACCAUCCAGGUGUUCAUGGUGUAUGAGGACCGGGUUCAGAUCGUCAGGGAAGUGUCCACGCCGGAGCAGCCCCUGGCCGUGGCCGUGGAUGGCCACUUCCUGUGCCUGGCUCUGACCACCCAGUACAUCAUCCUGAACUACAACACAGGCGCCUCCCAGGACCUGUUUCCUUACUGCAGCGAGGAGAAGCACCCCAUCGUCAAGAGGAUAGGGAGACAGGAGUUCCUCCUGGCCGGCCCAGGAGGACUGGGCAUGUUUGCCACCGUUGCUGGGAUUUCUCAGCGAGCCCCUGUGCACUGGUCAGAGAAUGUGAUCGGGGCAGCCAUCUGCUUCCCGUACGUCAUAGCACUCGACCAGGAGUUCAUCACGGUUCACAGCAUGUUGGAUCAGCAGCAGAAGCAGACCCUGCCCUUUAAAGAAGGCCAUAUUCUACAGGAUUUUGAAGGAAGAGUAAUUGUCGCCACAAGUAAAGGAGUUUACAUCUUGGUUCCAUUACCUCUGGAGAAACAAAUACAGGAUCUUCUAGCAAGCCGUAGAGUGGAGGAGGCUUUGGUUUUAGCCAAAGGAGCCCGGAGGAACAUUCCAAAGGAAAAAUUUCAGGUAAUGUACAGAAGGAUCCUCCAGCAGGCGGGUUUUAUACAGUUUGCACAACUUCAGUUCCUGGAAGCUAAAGAGCUCUUCAGAAGCGGCCAGCUUGAUGUCCGGGAGCUGAUCUCUCUCUACCCCUUCCUGUUGCCAACCUGCUCUUCAUUCACACGGUCUCACCCUCCCCUCCACGAGUAUGCAGACCUGAACCAGCUGACCCAGGGGGACCAGGAGAAGAUGGCCAAGUGCAAGCGCUUCCUCAUGAGCUACUUGAACGAAGUCCGCAGCACAGAGGUGGCAAAUGGCUACAAAGAAGACAUCGACACGGCCUUGCUCAAGCUGUACGCAGAGGCUGACCACGACAGUCUGCUGGACCUCCUGGUCACCGAGAACUCCUGUCUCCUAACAGACAGCGCUGCCUGGCUAGAGAAGCACAAAAAGUAUUUUGCCCUGGGACUGCUCUACCAUUAUAAUAACCAAGACACGGCUGCAGUGCAGCUGUGGGUGGACAUUGUGAAUGGGGAUAUUCAGGACUCCACUCGCUCAGACCUGUACGAGUACAUUGUUGAUUUCCUUACGUACAGUUCCGACCAAGCACUAGUGUGGAAGUAUGCUGACUGGGUCCUGCAGAAAAGUGAGGAGAUUGGAGUUCAAGUUUUCACCAAGAGACCUUCGGACGAGCAGGAGAACAGCUUUAAUCCAGAUGAUAUUCUCCAUUGCCUUCAGAACUACCCUAAGGCUCUCGUUAAAUAUCUGGAACAUCUGGUUAUAGACAAGAGACUGCAGAAGGAAGAAUACCACACGCACCUUGCAGUGCUGUACCUGGAUGCGGUGCUACAGCACAAGCCCAGCGCCAGUGACAAGGGUGCCGAAGUGACCGAGACACAGGCCAAGUUCCGGCGCCUGCUCCAGAAAUCCGACCUGUACCGAGUCCGCUUUCUGAUGGAGAAGGUCCAGGGCGCCGGCCUGCCCAUGGAGAGUGCCAUCCUGCAUGGGAAGCUGGAGGAGCAUGGGAAGGCCCUGCACAUCCUGGUGCACGAGCUGAGGGACUUCUCAGGGGCCCAGGACUACUGCUUGUGGCGCUCUGAGGGCAGGGACCCGCCCUACCGGCAGCAGCUCUUCCACACACUGCUCACCAUGUACCUCAGCCCUGGCCCGUCCACACCUGAGCUGACGGUGGCUGCUGUGGAUCUCCUGAACCAACACGCCAGAGAGUUCGACGCUGCGCAGGUCCUGCAGCUGCUGCCGGGCACCUGGUCAGUGCAGCUGCUCUGCCCGUUCCUGGCGGGGGCCGUGAGGGACAGCAUCCAUACAAGGAGGACCACCCAGGUGGCUCUCGGUCUGGCCAAGUCUGAGAACUUAAUCUACAAAUACGAUAAGAUGAAGUUGAAAGGAAGCUCUGUUCGGCUCUCGGACAAAAAGCUCUGCCAGAUGUGCCAAAAUCCCUUUCGUGAGCCUGUGUUUGUUAGAUAUCCAAAUGGUGGUCUCGUCCACACCCACUGUGCUGCCAGCAGACACACGAACCCCAGUGCCCCCAGCCCCGGCACUCGGACUUGAAGAGGCCGCCUGAGGGCGCCAGGGGAACCCCGAGUUCUUUACCAAGCCUGCUGGGAGCAAAGAGCAGAAAGCCACUGCGCUGCGUCAGCCAAGACGAAGGGAUGACAUCUGCGUGCCGGGGAGACUUCAGUCACUGUGAAACGGGGACACUUCCCUCCUGACCACCCUGCAUUGAAUGUAAAUGGAAAAUCCGAAAAUAGGGACAUGCGAGAGUUUGCCCACCCAGGUACAUCGUCAUCCAAAGCAGCUGUCCUCUUGGAAAGAAAAAUGAGCCUUCCCUGUGUGCUCCAGACAAACUGGACAGCCCCCAUCCCCAAGCCCAAUCUUCAGACAGCCAUUCAUUUGCACUGGAAAUAUUUGCUUCUAGGUGGCACAGAGGUGACAUCCUCUCUCGGCCAGGUGAGUGGUCAGGGCACAGAGUCCUGUGCGGGCGGGUUUUGCCGUCACAUGUGCUCCAUCCCUGUGGCACGGCCACUGGGGUCCUGUCUGUGUCCGGGACAACCUGUGGACUCUGCCUUUGCCCUUGGCAAUGGCUGACCUGAGGGAAGUGUUUCUGUUCCUUCCUGCUUCCCCUCUGGCUCUCAGCCCGGAAAAGGCUCUGCCUGUUUACCCAAGCACUCCCUUCGGGGUAACUUUGU